UAAACAUGAACUAAGAUCUCACUCACUCAAAAGAUAACAUAUAAAUGGAGGAGAGUGAUAACAAGUACAUGAAGGUAGUUGGGUAUUGUGAGUAGUUGGAUCACAAGCACGGAAUGGCACAUCCCUACUACAUGUUUAGACAUAAUCUGCUCCAUUAAUUAAGGUAGCUGCUGCGGUGGGUCAUUGCACCAUGAUCGGUGACGGGAAAGUUGUCUGUGUGACAGGGGCUUCCGGUUUCAUAGCUUCAUGGCUGGUCAAGCUUUUGCUCCAACGUGGCUACACCGUCAAGGCCUCUGUUCGAGACCCAGGCGAUCCGAAGAAGACGGAGCAUCUCCUGGGCCUCGAUGGAGCCAAGGAGAGGCUCCAUUUGGUGAGAGCAGACCUGCUGGAACAAGGGUCCUUCGAUCCCGCCAUUGAAGGAUGCGUCGGAGUUUUCCACACCGCUUCCCCUGUCUCCUUCUCUGCCACCGAUCCGCAGGCGGAGCUCGUCGACCCUGCAGUGAAAGGAACGCUGAACGUGCUGAAAUCGUGCGCCAAGUAUCCUUCCGUCAAGAGAGUGGUCUUAACCUCAUCUACUGCUGCAGUUUUCCACACAGGGAGGCGACUGACCCAAGAUUCAGUCGCUGAUGAGUCCUGGUUCUCGGAUCCAGCCAUUUGCGAGCAACUUAAGCUGUGGUACCCGCUAAGCAAGACGUUGGCUGAGAUUGCUGCUUGGGACUUUGCAAAGGAGAAUGGGAUUGACUUGGUGACAUUACUGCCUGGUUUUGUGACCGGGCCUCUGUUGCAGCCAACAAUUUGCUUCUCGGUGGAGAUGAUUCUCAACUUGGUUAAUGGAAGCUUGGAGACAUACCCCAACAUAUAUUACAGGUCGGUUGACGUCAGAGAUGUUGUGGAAGCUCAUGUUAAAGCUUUUGAGACUCCAUCGGCUGCUGGGAGAUACUGCUUAGUUGGAAGCAUUGCCCACUUCUCUCAAGUUUUGGGGAUGAUAAACGAGCUCUACCCAACACUACAUCUUCCUGACAAGUGUGGCUUUUUUCCCCCCUGCUCUCUUCUAUGUGAAGAUCGCAGCGGCAUCAUUCCGAGCCUGCCGAUGUUUACAGUGUCCACGGAAAAGGCAGAAAGUUUAGGGAUCAAGUUCACCCCAAUGGAUGUGUCUAUUAGGGACACCAUAGAGAGCUUGAAGGCAAAGGGCUUUCUUCAGUGCUAAAUGUUGUUGUUUUGGACUAUGAUCCGCAAAAGUGUAUCACUAUUCAAAUAACAUACUUCAUUAGACCAAAAAUCAUAUAGCUUACCUUGGAUAAUAGCUUGCAAAUUGAGGAUGGCACUAAAUGGGAAAAUGCAUUCUAGUAGUAAUGUUUUCAACCAUCCGGCGGCAACACCCUAGUCGACAGACAGUCUGAAAUCUGCAGCAACUUCCAAGUUCCGACAACUCGAGUCUAUCCAACCCGGGAACCUCCAUAAUCUUUCUGAAUUGACAAAUCUCAUGUUCCCUUAGAUGCUUCAGACCAGAUAGGUACCGAACCAACUUGCUUCAAUGUUUAGCCUCCUCAGUUUGUUGACUUCAGAAAGGGCGUUCGAGGCUUCUGACCGUUACAAUGUCAUCGAUCUUCAAAAUCAUUCUCACACACUCUGUUGCUAGAGUUAUGGCGCUGGUGCUCACGAGCAAUGGCUGCACAACGUUCUCCUCCAAGAUGUUUGUAAUUUGCCCUUUCCUCACAUUGAUCCCAGCAUUGAUCUCUCCUUGAGCAUGCCUAUUUCUCAGCUCCGUCACAAUGGUAAUCGGAUUCAGCCCUGCAUUCUCUGCAAGAGUAUAAGGGAUGACCUCGAGUGCCUCUGCAAAUGACCUCACACAGUAACCUUCCAUCCCGUGCAGAACUUUGGCCCAUGCACCGAGCUGCCUGGACAGCUCAAUCUCGGGAGCCCCACCUCCUGCAAUCAAGAAUUGCUUGUUGACCAAGCAUCUAAUGACACAAAGUGCAUCAUGCAAGCUCCGGUCAGCUUCAUCAAGAACCAACUGAUUAGACCCACGACAAAGAACUGUGGCAGUCCUUCCCAUAUCUCUAAUCCCAGUAAUCUUCACAAUCUUGCCUUCCCCAACUGAAACCUCCUCCACGAGAUCAGCAUAACCCAUCUUCUCUUCUUUGAAAUGCUCGAUAUUAGCAAUUGGCAAGCAGUUUAAUGUCUUGGUAAUGAACUCGAUGUCGUCUCUCUCAACAUCCUUCACAACCAAUAUCUUGGCUUUAGCCAAGUAAUGCAGUGACAGGUCAGUGACUGCAUCCCUAAGAAUACUCUUCUGAAUCAACAGAACAUUGCAACCGGUUGCUUUGAUCUUCUUGAUCAUUCCCAAAAUGUAGUUCCUCUCUUCCUUAAGAAUCCUAUCCAUCUGUGUGUAAUCAGACACCACAAUGCUUUGUUCUAUAUCAGUCUUGGGAGGUGAUAUUUGGAACUGAAUCACAGCGAUUUUCGCAUUCUCCAUCCGGGUGAGUCCACCAGAGGCAUGGCUCACUUUCUUAUCAAAGACCAAACCUUUAACCAUCUCGGUAUCAUCCACAGUUCCACCUAGCUUCUUCACUAUCUUAAUAUCCCUAAGGUCUACCAAAUCAGGCUUGGCCGGAUCAACUACUGACAAAACAGCAUCUACAGCUAAAGGAGCCAGAAGCGUGGAGUACUGACUCACCACUUUACUGUUCAAGGAAGUGCUCGCAGAUUUGAUGAGCGAUUCCCGAUCUGAUAGCUCAACAGGGACUGCCAUAGCAGUUAGCACAUCCACUGCCUUAACAGAAGCUUUGUGGAGAGAGUCGGAGAUUACCGUGGGAUGGAUUCCACUAGACAGUAGCAACAGGCACUGCUUGAGAAGUGCACCGGCAAUGACGACGACGGUGGUGGUGCCAUCGCCAGCGGUGGUGUCCUGCGACUUGGAGAGCUCGACCAGCAUCUUCGCAGCAGGCUGGAGCACCCCCAUCUGGUUCAGAAUCGUAGCUCCGUCGUUGGUGAUUAUCACCUCGCCGCUGGCCGUAGAAAUCAUUUUGUCCAUCCCUUUCGGGCCCAAGCUGGUCCUCACCGCAUCGGCAACUGCUCUGGCCGCUGUGAUAUUAGCCUGGCGGACAUCUUCCUUCCGCUUGUUGUCGACAUACGACUCCGUUUUCGAGGAUCUGAGUUGGGGGACUGCUGGUGCCGCCAUUGGAGUAGCAGCGUGGGGGAAGGAUCUCGGAGAAGCGAAGCGAGAAUGGCUAUAAACCCUAACCGAGAAAAUGAAGGGAAGGAGAAGGUAAAACUGGAACAGAGACUAGAUCUG